AUGGAAGACCCAGUCCGCGAUAUCCCCAUCGUCAUCAAACUCCUCACUGAAUCCCCCCCAACCAUCCAGAAAUACACAAUCGAGAAAUUUUUCAUUCCCAAUGCCUCCUUCUCGCACCCAUUCUGCCGGACAUGGUCGUUCAAUAACUCGCGGUGGUUGGUGCAGAUGAUUUACCGGUUUUACAAGAUCAUGUCCCCGCGGAUCAAGCUUGAUGUGAAAUCUAUAGCUUUUGACGAGGAACAUCUCAAACUCUAUGUGACCAUCCAACAACUCUUCUCAAUUUUCAUCAUCCCAUUCUACUCCGCACCCGUCACGCUCACGACCGUGUUAACCCUAACCGACAAUCCGAACGAGUAUCGCGGCCAUUACGACUUCUCUACCCCGAGUAACAAGAAGCAAGACGAUGGAAAGAACGAGCCCAAAAAAUAUUGGAUAUCCUCGCAAGAAGACCUCUAUCAAACCAAUGAAUUCGUAAAAUUCUUCCUACCAUUUGGGAUCGGCGUAUUCGCAGUUUUCGUCUGGCAUUUGUUUGCGACAGCGGGUUGUGUGGCCGGUGCGAUUCUUCUUUGGCCGGUCAGCUGGAUGGAGCAGACAUGGGCGUUGGAGAAGGGGGAGCCUCAGGUUACUGAGGGAAAUAUAGUUGAUGCCUCGGGGGCGAUGGCGAGGUUUAUUGUUGAGGAGGCGACAGGGUUGGUGAAUGGCGUCAGGGAAUCAGUGCAGGAGAGGACGAAGGAGAUUGAGUAA